AUGAUCGUUAGUGGUCGGUUAGGACGAGAAAUAGUUCCUUCUAUUCAUAAACUUCGACAAGUUAUAUCAAUUUAUGUAUACUGCAUGGACAAAAGAAGUAAUGAACAAUGGGCUGGCAAUUUUGAAAAAGUAAAAGCAAUUAUCGUUGAGCUUGAUGAGCUUAUCUCUCGAAUUGAAACUGAUUACAGACUGCAGAAAACCGUAGAAGAACCAUUGUCAAUUAAUAUUUUUACUACAGAUGCUAAUGCAAGUACAUCAGCAAUGGGUACAUCAACAAUGGGUGUGAAUGAACUGGUAUUAUUUGAAAUCGAUGCUGAUCCUACAAUGGCUACUACAAAACCAUUUGCUGAUAUCAGCCCGUUUAGUCAAUUUCCCAGAGAAUCAGAAAUACUUUUCAUGCUUGGUUCUAUUUUUCGUCUGAAAAGUAUCCAUCGCCCUGGCAACAGUCAAUUAUGGAUUAUCCGAAUGAUUUUAUGUAGUGAUAAUGAACAUGAAUUAAAACACGUUCUUAUGCAUAUAAAACAGCAAUAUGGAAGUGAAACAGUAGAUCUUCGAACAUUAGGAAGACUACUAUCCGAGAUGAGUAAAUUUGAUUUGGCUGAAAAAUAUUUUAUACGCUCCUUAGAGCAACUUCCACUCAAUGAUCCUUUACUUUUUGAGUUAUAUCAGGAUCUUGGUAAAGUCACGUCACAAGCAGGUGACUUUGAGAAGAGUAUGGAAUGGCGUCGUAAAGCUGUUGCACUACAACAAAAAAGUGAUUUAGCAGGUAAGCAAUCUUAUUAG